AAAAAAAUGGCGCUGUCAAAAAAAUUCAAGUUACCUAUUGUGUUGGUAGUUUUUCGUUGGUUUGUCUUCUUCGUACUUAAUAAUUUCGUAAAUACCUACUUUGAACUAAUACUUACAAUUGAAGAACACCUAUUGCUAGCCGAAGUCUAUCCAUAUGAUAUAGAAAUGAAUAAAAAUUACGAAAGAUGUACUCACUGUAAUCGCAAAAAAUGGCUUACUACUGGGUGUCUUCGCAAAUGGUUGAAACCAAUGGAAUGUAAACACCCGCAACGAACUAUCGAUAGUAAAAGAGAUUAUAAUAAUACAGAUAUAGUGAAUUGUGUGUUUCUACCUGAUCGCAAGUCACAAGCAAACACAAAUAAAUUUGUUAAAUUCUGGAAAAACAAGUUGUUUAUUACAGGUAGUGUUAGGUCUUUGCAAAGAUAUUUUGGUCACAAAAGCAGUAGCAGUGAAUACAUAUGCAGCUUAACCAAAAGAAGCCAUCCUUCUACGUCUUCCGAGAAACAUACAACUUAUUCAGAUUGCGAUUUUAAAGAAACGGAACCCAAGAAAGAAAUGAUAAAGUGCCAACAUGCAGAAGGGCAUUUAGUUUUGCGAGGACAUCAUCAACACACUUCUCUUGAAACAUGUGCUAUUUACUGUCAGUUAUCCAAACAUGGUUGGUAUUGGGGAGGUAUAACUUCAAGUGAAGCUGAAGAACUCUUGGCCGGACAGCAUGAUAAUGUAUUUCUUGUUAGAGAUUCUUAUGAUUCUCGGCACAUAUUGUGUGUUUCAUUCAGAUGUGUGGGUCGUACAUUACAUGCUCGACUUAGACAUGCAAAUGGUUUAUUUUCUUUGAACAAUGAAACAUUUGUACCAGUUAACAGAAUUUCUGAACACUGUGCAGCUGUGGAUGUAAAGUCUAACUUAUUUGAAAUGCCAGUUAAAUUAGCAAGACCAUUAAACAGGGGUAAUUAUGCUCCAAUCUCUAAAAUGUUUUAUCGCUUGAUAUGUCCAAAUCGCGCGGACGACGACGAUGACGCGGUGCAGGAGCUCGAGAGGUUGACGGAAGAGGCGGUGGGGAGGGGGGAGAGUGUACUCGCUAUAUCACUGGAUAUAGGGAGUGCAUUUAACACGGUCCCCUACAGCUGCAUCACAAAGGCCCUGCACCACCAUGGGGUGCCGUUGUACCAGCGGCAAGUGAUUGAGGACUACCUGCGAGACAGAGAGCUCCUAUGCAAUGACUCCAGCGACAUCGUCAAGGCGUGGAGCAUGAGGCAAGACGAAGAUGACACGUUGAUCGCUGUUCGGGGCAAAACCUAUGAAGACAUCCGACGGCUGGGGUCAGCGAGUGCCUCGCAGGUUGUCAGGAGGAUAAGCAUGCUCGGCAUAAAGGUGACAGCUGAAAAAACAUGGGCUAUAAUGUUCUAUAGCUACAGGGGCAAGUUACUGGCCGGGGCCUAUGUCAAGGUGGAUGAAGCCAGAGUGCCCAUAGAGUCCACCCUGAAAUACCUGGGGCUGGUGCUGGAUGCAAAGUGGCGCUUCGAUGCUCAUUUCAGGGUCCCCCCCCCCCCGUGGGCCCUGGAGGCGAAGACACUAUCCCGCCUAUAUUGGGAAAGGGCGAAGGCCUGGCAGAGAGAGGACCGAUUAGCACCGGAGAAAGUUAUCGCCCACAGGCGACGACUGGAGGAACUCGUCCUGGAAGAGUAG